AUGAAAGUAAGAAAAGUAAGAAAAGCUAAGCCAAAGCACUUUGUUUCCAUACGACGAAGACUGAUCGUGAAUGUCAAGGAUGAACACGGACUGGCGGAUAAACCCCUCAUCCCCGGUAGACUGCUGAAGGCGAAGCCGGGCGUCAUUGAGCUUGAUGCUGACGGUGCGGUCCUGGGUGGCGGUGAAGCUCUGGCUGUAGGUGAACCGGUCCACCUCGUUGAAGCCAACAGCGGUAGGUCCGACAAACUCGAGCGCGGGAGGGUCGGUCUCGCCAGUGGGACGUCCCACGGUGGUGGGGGAGAUCACGUAGUUGCGCUGCACAAAGGCGGAAACACCCGCCUCUGGCAACGAGACAUCGCCGAUGAGCGUGGCGACAGCGUUGACGGUGCUACGGCCGACGGGGUGCGUUACGCGGAAGUCGAGAGAGCAGAAGGUCUCGCGGGGGAUGGGGAGCUGGGCGAAGAAGCGGUCAAGUGUGACCUCCACGGACCUGUUGUCGGCGCUGAAGACGGGGCGGAUGGUGGCCGAGUUGCACCCAUCGCCAGUGGCAAUGAUUUGGCGUGUGAACACGACACCUUGAGCCAGUGCGGUGGCGGGGAGGAGAAGAGUGGUGAUGCCGAGGAACUUCAUCUUGAGGACUUGAGGCCGAGGGUUGUGCUCCUACUUAUGCUCGAGACCCGCGGGGUUCCAAACAGAAAGAUUACCACAAUAUCAGCGGCAUUCGAAGCCUGCCCGCUUUACUCGUACGCUUCACAUGAUCUGUAACAAGCAUCGCAGUCCGAGUGUCAUGCCGAACCUGGCAAGUCCCAGCUUACAUGAAUCGUGAUUGUCAGAAAUGUGAAAGCCAUAGAAUAUCGAUGAGCCGCACUGCAAAAUCUCGGUGAACAUGGCUGAUGCUCGGCCCACGCUCCAUCAGUCAAGCAAUCCGGAGCUCCCGUCGUAAGAAUGACGGCAUCCAACAUUUGGAAGGGUUCCUUUUGGCCGUUAGUAUCCGGAAUGACAGCUCAUCUGAUCACGAAGGUGUAGACUAGUCUCGGAGUCAGCUUUGAGGAUGAGAUGAGAGCCAAACAUCUGAACACUUCAUCAACUGUCUGUCUCACACCGACUACACCGACAGACCGAAACCAUCCGUG